UCCAUAGCCGUGCACGGUUAAAUUUAUGUGCAUUUUGACGUGUAAAAACACUUGAUUUUGCGUGUCAUCUGUAAGAAGUUUUCAUAUUGAAAGUGUUCUGAUCAACGACAGGCAAACAGUGCAAUUUUACUUCCAACAUGUCCGGUCUCAAUCCGUCCAGAACAAUUUAUAAUUCCGAAGGAAAAUGCUUGUUAGAAAAUUGGGUUGAGGAGCGUCAAGUUCAAGAACGAAGCCUCGACUCACUUCCCAACAGCAUGAAAUAUGAAAACAAAUCGCUUCCAUUCAAAGAUGGCCACAAAUCAAUCCUGUCCACACCAACCCAUGAGGGACAGGGUACCCCUCUAUCAACAUGCACGGAAUCCUACAUGUUGCCACCAAAACUCAAAGUCCGAACUGGAGGGAAGAAGAAGGAGUUAACGGAGCGAGCGUUGUAUGCCCGGGUUGCCAAGGAACUACAAGAAGAGGCGGAGGAACCUCCACCAAUGCCCGAAUACAAAUCAGUCACCCAGAAGGACUUUGACGUGGAGGGAUUUGUUUCGGAGCUUCCACCCCCUGAGAUGGAGCACAAUGUUGCUAACGAGCAACCCAUCACCUUCUGGACUCAACACAAACAAAAAAUACCUGGCGUGACACAAGAGAAGACAUUAGAUACACCCUUCAGAAAGAACACAUCCUUCAGUAAACCCAUCGAUGAGUACUUCAAUGAGGCGCAACCCUAUGACAAGGAAGGCUACCCGUGGAUGUGAUUCGGUCUCCUAGAACUAUUAUAGAAUUGUCUUGUCAGUAAAUGUACAAUAUUAGCGUUUUUAUUUUUGUUGUAUUUUAUUGUAAAAAAAAGGUGCACAUGUUGAGAAAAUACAAAUCUUUUGAGAACUGUCUGGUCAGUAAAUGUACAAUUUUAGUGGUUAUACUAUCAUUGUCAUUUUGAUGUAAAAAUAGGUGCACGUGAAUGUUUUUGUUAUGAGGGUAAUUUAUUUUGAGUUUUACAAAACACACAGAUCCUUGUCAUUUGAUUGGUGGAAUACACAUCAGGUGUCAUCCUAUAGUUCGCUAUUACAUGUACAUGUAUACUGCUGCAACACUCAAAAUUUAGUAUAGGAGUCAUGUAUACUAAUUUGAGGAUGCUUCACAUGAUUUUGUCCCCACCUCAUUCUGGUGCAGAGCAUAAUUUUGUUGUGCUGAAGUGUUUUUUGGUGCUCAAGCAUGUCUAUGAAAAUGUUGGCAAUAUUAUUUUGUUUGAUAAGAAAAUAAUUAUCUUGGUGUCUGAUACUCAUACUACGGACUCUGCAUUAAGUGCACUUUUAUAUUAAUAAUUUUUGAUAGAAUUGUACUACAUGGCAUCCAUUUGUUAACGGCUAUAUUCAUAUUAUGAACAGUGUAUGCUUGAUUUUAUAGGUUGACUUGUAUCCAUGCCUGGGCAUAUAAAUACAAAAACCAUGACCAUGGGCAUCUACUUUUGUUUGCAAGCUAUCCGCCCAUAUGUGCAUUUUGUGGUUGUAAUAAAAGAAUAAAUUAUCAAUCAUUUUAAUAGCUCAAUUAAAUGGGGGUUUUUUUAUAACCAAUUACUUUGUUAGUCCCAUUGUUAUUAUGCGGAAAACAAUGCUGACCUAUUCUUUUCUAAGCAUGUGUUGUCAUAAACAUAUAAGGCCAUAUGUCACAGGGGGCAAUGAAUUAUUGGCAACCAGUUCCAGGCAAUCUCCAUUAAAGACAACAUUACUAUUGGUAA